GUGGAUAGAGGUGGUGACUCCCUCAGGGCAGACGAGUUCCGCAGAGAGACCUGGGCCAAAAGGAGGGCUGGGCAGUCGCCACUGUGUGAAGUUUUAUAAGGGGAAGUGCUGGUCUGCGCCUGGGAGAGGGUAACUCUCGACAAAUGGAAAAGCUGGUUGCUUGCGUACAAAAAAAGCCAGAUGCUGUUUGUAGACUGAUUUGCUUUCCAUGGGCUGGAAGUGGAACCUCACAACUUGCUCAGUGGGGCAGACUCUUCAACGACUCAGUUGAAGUGUUCUGUAUAAGGCUUCCUGGAAGAGAAACUCGUCUUGGGGAGCCUUUUGCAAAAGACAUGACAAGUGUAGUUAAUGAAAUUUCAAGUGUUUUGUUAAAAGAAUUGAAAGAAAAACCAUUUGCAUUUUUUGGUCACAGUUUUGGAACUUACACGAGUUUUGCCGUUGCACUUCAUUUGAAAGAAAAGUACGGACUGGAGCCAGUCCAUCUUUUCAUGUCAGCAGCACAUUCCCCAAAUUCUGCAGCAUAUCUUGCCGUCAAAAGCAUAAUCCUACCUGAUGGAAGCAAUGACCUUCUUGCAAUUAUGGAGAUUCUAGGAGGAAAUUUUGAGCUCCCACAUGAUGAAGACGUUUGGAGAGAUACGGCGCUUACUUUCAAAGAAGACGCUAGACUUUUUCAGACAUUUUCAUUUGAGAAGACAGAAAUGAAUACCCCCUUCUCUUGUGAUAUUACCUACUUUUGUGGGUCUGAUGAUAAAAUAUAUGAUGCAAAAGGUUGGCAAGAAUUAACGAGUGGUGAUACUUCCUUUUAUGAGCUUCCUGGAGAUCACCUUUACCUGCUGAAACCAUCUAAUGAAAGCUUCUUGAUAAAACACAUCACAAGAAGCAUAGAAAAUGGUCUAUGAGUAUUUCCCUCGAUUUAAUUAGCAGAAUGUGUAAGGUUAGUCCACAGCAAUUUGUAAUAAGUCACUUCUUUCUCUACAUUGCAUUCAAAGUUGUUCUGUUCCUCGUCUGUAAUCCUUUAUAAGGGGGAAUUUUCCUGAUGUUUUGAAAACAAACAUUGGCUUUGGUCUUAAAAAAGGUUUCAUCUUUUCCUUCUCUUGCACAUGUACAAACUCUUCACUUUAUUCCAUAACCUUGUUUGCAAAAAAAUUAUGUCUAUGUUAUUUUACUGUUAGAGCUUCU